AUGAUUAUUACGCUUGAGAGGAGAAAUGGAAAGGACUACAAAUGGUUUUCUGCACCUAUUUUCCUGUUUCUCAUCAGUAUCAUUCCAUCAAUUUGGUUAUUAGAGUUGCACCACCAGCAGAACAAAGCUACUGCUUCAGAGUGCAGAUCUCUUGACUCAUGGGAGAAUGUGCAUCGAAUGAUUCCCAUCAAUAACAAUAAUAACACUGUGAACCUCACACAAGAUUUCCUUAAGGGCUUUGAGCAAGCCGUUUCCUCUGUGUGUUUGAACGACUGGAUCCUGGCUCUCCAUCAGAUUCUACUCAUCUUGCUGAUCAUCGGAAAGUGGCUCCUACCUACUGGAGGCGUCACCCGCGAGCAACUGUCCCAACUUCUACUCAUCUUUGUGGGGACUGCAGCAGACAUCCUGGAAUUCACUAGUGAGACUCUUUCCGAUGUCAAAGAAAAAAGUCCUCAGCUGGUCUAUAUCAUCCUCGCCGUAUGGACAUGGAGUAUGUUGCAGUUUCCUUUCCAUUUUGCAGUGGUGAACUCAGAGCGCCACAGUGAAGAAGCGGUCCAGGAGAUGUCUCUCCUAAAGAAGCACAGCACAGACGUGUGGAGCAUUGUGGAGGCCCUGUUCAUCCAGGACGGCCCCUUCCUGGUGGUCCGCUUCACUGUCAUGACCUACUUUGAAGUCUUUCACCAAAUGAUACUCUUCUUCACCAUCAAGAAUCUGCUGGUGGUCAUCCUCAACCUGUACCGCCUGGUGGUCAUAUGUCAGGACUCCAGGGGGUCCCACAGCGGGAUUGACCCACACACGGACAUGUUUCGCUGUGGCAUCGACUAUACCAGAUGCAGGUGGAUCGUGCCCCUGCUUUUGCUUUUCGCCAUCAUUUUUGACAUAGUCGCCAUUGCAGCUACGUCGGGAUGGGUGGAGGACGAAGACGCCAAGUCCCACUACGCGAGUAUGUGGGAGCAAUGCCGUGGCAGGAACGAGCAGUUUGACUGCAAGUCUCUCAUGGAGUUUUCUUGGGCCCAGGCUGUAGCAGCUCUCAUGGUGAUCGGCCUCCUCAUCCUCAUCAUGGCCUUCAUCAUCUCCUGCUUGGCUCUGUGCCGCACUGUCAACAUCAGCCUCAUGCGAGUCAUCGCAAUCCUGCUCGUCAUUGUUGUGGUCCUGCAAGUCAUCGCUCUCAUCAUAUACCCAGUGAAGUUCCAAGAGCACAUCCUCGAGGGCCACUAUUACUUCAAUUGGGCGUAUGGUUUUGGCUGGGGGGCUACUCUCCUGACCCUGGGCUGUUCCAUUCUCUUCUGCUGUCUGCCACGGCAGACGUAUAGAGUCUUGUGA